UCUCUGUGCUGCCGAACUGGGGUAACCCUUGUUCUCUCGAGGGGGCUUUGGGGGAACGGAUGGGCGGUUUACAACAAACACACGUGCCGGCCACUGACGUUCAGUCAACCCUGAUGUCAUGGACUUCAGGAGGAGUAUAAAGGAAAGCAGCUGGGGUCGUGUGUGAAAUCAAGGAACAGGGAUGUUUCGAGGCGUUCCGUAAAACAAACGGCGGAACAAAACUCCUACAGAAACUUUGAAGCAAGAGGAUUAUUCCGGCCACCGCGCCGAGAUGACUCUCAACACGCAGAGAAGCACUGGCCACACUGUGCUUCAAAGGCGUGCCAGUUCCCCUGUGCCCUCGUCUCACCAGCACGCCUGCCCCGUCCGCAGCCUGACCACAGAGAGGGAGCUGGCUGCCUGCCCGGACCAGCCUCACAGACCUCAGCUCGGUUACUCGGUCUCGUGCCAGCCGUCGGAGAGGGAGCGGAGCGGCUGGUCGUCCGACUCAGCAGAUUCCGACGUAUCCAGCGAGGACUCUGGCUGUGGCACCUUCCGGGUGCUCCUCCUUGGCGACUCUGGAGUGGGCAAGACCAGUCUGGUCAACGUCUUUGCUGGGAUUCAGGAUGCUCACGGCGAGAACACAGGAGAGGACACGUUUGAGCGAACUCUAACAGUUGAUGGAGAGGACACAACACUAAUAGUGAUGGACACAUGGGGAACUGAGAGCAAUGAGUCGUGGGUUCAGGAUUACUGUAUGCAGGUGGGCAACGCCUACAUCAUUGUCUACUCCAUCACCGACCGCACCAGCUUUGAGAGCGCGUCCGAGCUCCGUAUUCAGCUGCGGAGGCUGAGGCAAGCAGAGAACAUUCCCAUUAUCCUGGUGGGCAACAAGAGUGACCUGGUACGGUGCCGCGAUGUCUCCAUUGAAGAGGGCCGUGCGUGUGCCGUGGUCUUUGACUGCAAGUUCAUCGAGACCUCCGCCACCCUGCACCACAACGUGGCUGAGCUGUUCGAAGGCAUCGUGCGGCAGAUCCGCCUGCGCAAGGACAGCAAGGAGGCAAACGAGAGGAGGAUGGCCAAUCACAAGAGGAGGGAAAGUGUGACGAAGAAAGCCCGCCGGUUUCUGGACAGGUUUGUGGCCAAGAACAACAAAAAGAUGGCCUUGAAGGUCAGGUCCAAGUCCUGCCAUGACCUGUCAGUGUUAUAAAUACACAGAAGUGCAAGCAAACCAGUCACCGGUGGGGAACAGGCGCCACAACCUGCAAGUUGAUUCAGGACCAAGAUCUACUCUCUUCUGUGCCUUUCCUGAUAGGUUUUGUUGGUGGUUGUGGCCCGGCGAUCAUGGAGAAAACUUGGUGAGGAUUAGAGUCAACAAGAUGGAUUUCUAAAGCAUCUUCAUGAAGCCCCUCAAUAUUCAAAAGGGGAAGAAUUGACCAAAGUCUCACAUGCAAUUCAUGAGCCAAUAAACAUACUGUAUUUUAACUUGUGGUGAAAACAAUGCUGGUUGGCUCCUGAGCAAGCAAGGCUUUUCUUCCUUCCGUUCUCCUUUGUUGAAGAUACUUUCUUCUUUCUUUAGCAGAGUAACCCAGCCGCAUCCUGCUUAAUCCCCUUACGUCAGAAUUCUAAGUCUAUUUAUUAUCAAAGUACAUACAUGUCACCAUAUACAACCCUGAGAUUUGUUUUCUUGCAGGUGUACACAAUAAAUCCAUAACAGAGUAGUAACCGUUACAGAAUCAAUGAAAGACCGCACCAGCUAGGGCAUUCAACCAGUGUGCAGAAGACAACAAACCAUGCAAAUACAAAAAGAAAGAAAUAAUAAUAAAUAAGCAAUAAAUAUCAAGAAUAUGAGAUGAAGAGUCCUUGAAAGUGAGUCCAUAGGCUGUAGGAACAUCUCAAUGAUGGGGCAAGUGAAGCUGAGUGAAAUUAUCCCCUUUAGUUCAAGAGCCUGUUGGUAACUGUUCCUGAACCUGGUGCUGUGAGCCCCCAGGCUCCUGUACCACCCUCCUGAUGGCCGCAGCGAGAAGAGAGCAUGACCUGGGUGGUGGGGAGUCACUGAUGAUGGAUGCUGCUUUCCUGCAACAAUGCUUUGUGUAGAUGUGCUCAAUGGGAAGAGCUUCACCCAUGACGGACUGGGCCAUAUCACAGUACAUGUCUGAGUCCUGCAGGUGACUGAGGCCCAGUGUCCACCUUCCACUUGAUGAGGCCAAGGUCCCUGCACUGACAGUCAAUUAGAAAACCAAAGUUGGUACACGUUCACUACAGUGUUGACAGGAGGUCAGAUCUUUGAACUUUUCAAGGAGAGAUGGGAUUGGAGAUGUUACUCUGUCCAUAAUUUAGUCUCAUUACGAUGUCUAGUUUGAGGAAUGUGUGAGGAGCUUAUUUUUAGAAUUUUGAUUUAGUUUAAACUAGUGAAAGAUCAUGUUGAAAUUGACAUCCAAUAAAGAAGUCUCAAAUAUGUUGGCUGUCCACAUGUGGGACUAUGACCAGGAUGAUGAGCCCACUGCUGGAGGCAAGCUGUGUGGCCCAACUCAUUCAUGCCGACCAUGUCUGUCUGAUAGGUGAAGUGUGGAAAUAUCCCAGGUCUUCAAGAAAAGAUACACAACCAGAAUAUAAAAGCAAGGAUGUGGUGCUGGAGCUUCAUAAGGCAUUGGUUAGACCAGGGGUGGCUAACCUUUUACAUUCCAUGCGUCAAUUUUUUACGCACAAAUUCAGAUGCACCAUACAACUCUUGUACCCCCAUUCAAUUCUUGUAAAAAUAUGUUAAUAUAGGCAUAUUUAGCAUUUUACAUGAUAUAUUGAUUUAAUAUAAAAACAAGAUAAACAUUACUUACAUAGAACAUAGAAUAGUACAGCAUAAUACAGGCCCUUUGGCCCACAAUGUUGUGCCGACCCUCAAACCCUGCCUCCCAUAUAAUCCACCAACUUAAAUUCCUCCACAUACCUGUCUAGUCGUCUCUUAAACUUCACUAGUGUAUCUACCUCCACCACUGACUCAGGCAGUGCAUUCCACGCACCAACUGCUCUCUGAGUAAAAAACCUUCCUCUAAUAUCCCCCUUGAACUUACCACCCCUUACCUUAAAGCCAUGUCCUCUUGUAUUGAGCAGUGGUGCCCUGGGGAAGAGGCGCUGGCUAUCCACUCCAUCUAUUGCUCUUAAUAUCUUGUCCUCUCAUCCUCCUUCUCUCCAAAGAGUAAAGCCCUAGCUCCCUUAAUCUCUGAUCAUAAUCCAUACUCUCUAAACCAGGCAGCAUCCUGGUAAAUCUCCUCUGUGCCCUUUCCAAUGAGACUUUCACAACUUCUUUUAACAAAUAUAUUUUGUCUUCUUUUGAUUUCUUCCUUUUUUUUAAUCACAUAUUCUUUCCAUAACUCAGACCCAAGCACUAGCUUCAGUUUUCCUUCUAUUUCAGUCUGAUGUUGUGUUUUAUAGUGUCUCUUAAGAUCAUGUCUUCUAUUAUGUGAGGAAGUGUUUUCACAAACAAUGCACAAUGGUUUUCCUGACGGACCCACUAUGAAUAAGAACUCAUUUUCCCACUGUUCACUGAAUUCACGCUAUCACUUUUUGCUUUUCUUUUGCACUGUGAUGAGUAAUUGAAUGUAAAAACAAGGCUUAAUUUUCAAAAAAGUACAAAACUGCAGAUGUUCACAAAGGACAAAAAAGCACAACUCCGUAGUGCACGAGUGUCAGUUGUAAACUGACUGGCAAAAUCCUGUGACGCACUGCAGAACAAAAGUCCUUCUUUCCUAGUUUGAGUACUUGUUAUAGAUUUUUUUUUCUACAAAUCGGUUUUUGGUUAAUAUUUUUUUGCAUGAGUAGGCUUAACUUUUUAUUACUAUCACCAGGGUGCAAUGCGCGACUUCUAAUCAUUUAAUGCGCCGCCGGUUGGCCACCCCUGGGCUAGACCAUACUUGGAGUAUUGUGAGCAGUUUUAGAGACCUGCUGUCUAAGAAAGGAUGCACUGACAUUGAAGAUAGUCAAAAGGGGGUUCACAAGAAUGAUUCCGGGAAUGAAGGGUUAAUGUGCAAGGAGGAUUUGAUGGCUCUGGGCCUGUACUCGCUGGAGUUUAGAAAAAUGAAGGGGGAUCUCAUUGAAACCUAUCGAAUAUUGAAAGGCCUAGAUGGAGCAGAUAUUCUCUUUUUCACAUUCUCUGACAUUUUGAAGAAUAGAAAGUGAGCAAGCUUGAACAGGCCAAGUCAUUGGGUAUAUUUAAGGAGGAGGUUGAUAGGCUCUUGGUUAGGGUGUCGAAGGUUACGGGGACAUGGCAGGAGAGUCUGUCAGGGUCAUCUAUUAUACCCAUGCUCCUGGUACGGCCUCUUCCACAUCGGUGAGACCCAACAGAUUGGAGGGUAACUUUGUCGAGCACCUUCACCCUGUCCACCGCAAAAGGCAGGAUCUCUCAGUGGCAGCCCAUUUCAAUUUCACUUGUACUCCUUCCCCUCCCAUUACCGUCUUAUUCUGGUUUCUGUCCCCUUCCUUUCUGGUCCUGAUGAAAGGUCUCAGCUCAAAGUGAUGUCUGUUCAUCCCUCUCCAUAGAUGUUACUUGACCUGCUGAUUUGCUUCUAUGUUUUUGUAUGUUGCUUAAGAUUUCCAGAAUUACGUGACUUAUAGUUUUUUUUGGAGGGUCUAAUCUCAAUGGGUCAAUGCUGAGGAUCCUCCAACUUUAGAAGAUCGACGUUGACUACAUGGGCACAUGGACAAUGAAUCACUGGGAUAAGAGAAUGGCAAUAUAGGAGGAAGCCCUUCACCAAGAAGGUGCCAAAUCCAGCUACACUGACCAUCCACUUUCACGGACAUUGGCCUCAAGUUGCCUGCCGUCCAACAAUUCCUUCUUCUCAGCAACCCCAGUUUGAUCUUGAAUCUUGCACGUUCGGAAGCUAGCCUUGCUAGUACAACAUAAGCAUUUAUAUAGCUUCAGUAUCAAAGCAAAAUUUCCCAAGAUACUUUACAGGAGCAUUCUAAAACCAAUUUUGGCACAAGGUCAGACAGGGAGAAACAUAGAUGGAGAAGUAGAUGUGGUCAUUUAAAGACUGCCUUGGAAUUUUGGGGCUGUGAUCCAGGUGACUAAAGUUCAAGGAGUCCAACUAUUCUCAGUAAAUAUGAUUUUAUGAUUUUGUUUUAAUAUUGCAUUUUCAACUAGUGGCCACUUCUCAUGAUUCAGUGCUAAUCGAGCUGGUAGUUGGAUGUUAUACUGAGCUGUGAUCCAGGACAGCGUAUGUGGUUCUUUAGAAUAGUGAUUUUCAGAGAACGGUUCAUCGGAAAGGUGUUAAGACAGUUCUCAGAAUGUAACCUGACAUUUACACAUCUUACUAAGAUUCCAACCCGCCUCCUCAAGGUGGCAGAACAAUGCUAAAUCUCUCUAUUUUCCCAUCACCCAUUGAUCCUGAUGAAGAGCCUCAGCCCGAAACGUUGACUCUUUAUUUCUUUCCAAGGAUGCUGCCUGAUCUGUUGAAGUUCUCCAGCAUUUUGUGUGGGUUACUCUGGAUAUCCAGCAUCCGCAGAGUCCCUUGGGUUAGCUAUUUAAAUACUUAUUAAAUGGCUAUGACAAUCUCUGUGAUCCCAUUCCAUAAGAUGAUUCCCAUUCACCUCUAGGUUUGGCCACCUCUGGCUGACUAUGUUCCAAGAAUCCAUUCCCCAAUCUGACUCCCCUCUUAGCCAUUCCCUUCUCACCUGCCCAUCACCUCCCUCUGGUUCCCCUCCUUCCCUUUCUCCUUUCUCUCAUGGUCCAAUUCUGCUCCUAUCAGAUUCCUUCUUUUUCAGCCCUUCUACCUAUCACCUUCCAGCUUCCCACAUCAUCCCUCACUCCCACACCCCACCCACCUUCCCCGUCACCUGGUCUCACCAAUCAACCUUCCCCCCCCCCACAGCUUUUCACUUCCUCCCUCAGCCUCCCCCACCCAUCUACCUUCUGCCUCACCUGGUCUCACCUAUCACCUGCCACCUGCUAACUCCUUCUUCUCCCCCCAACCUUCUCAUUCUCGCUUCUUUCUGCUUCCUUUCCAGUCCUGAUGAAAGGUCUCAUCUCAAAACUUUGACUAUUUAUUCCCCUCCAUUGAUGCUGCCUGACCUGCUGAGUUCCUCCAGCAUUUUGUGUGUGUUACUCUGAUUUCCAGCAUCUGCAGAGUGCCUUGUGCUUCUAUUUCUAAGAAGACCUACCCCUGUGAUCCUGCUAUUGGUCUUCCAAUGUGUCCAUCAUUGUGAUAUACCUCGCCUGAUUGGAGAAUCAGCAAGAACCUUGAAGUUGUGAUUGGAUGAUGAUUCUCAGUGGAAUGGACUACCUUGUUCCCAUCUGUGAUAGGUUAGCUAAGAUCAGUCUGCACUUCCUAGAUACUCAAAGCCAAAAGUGGAGAGUUGAUACUCCUAUUCGAAACCUACCUUCUGAAUAUUUUUGUAUCCAAAUCUCCAGGUGUUGAAGGGUUUUUCUUUUCAUUGAUUCAUGAGAAUGCUGCAUGUAUUCUGAUAAUAAAUGAUAAGUUUACAUUGAUCAUAACUGGUUCUAUGCCAUUCACUAUGGACUAACUGAGUAAUGUGUACAGUAAUGUAUUCGCUUUCUAUAGUAAUUUUUGCAGUCAAAUUUUGAACCUGUUUCUGUAAUAUAGCUUUCAUGUAUUGUAGACUUAACUUUUGCAAUAAAAACAGACCUUGUU